ACAACCUUCGACGCAUCAACACUUUUCAUCCAUCUCCAUCCAUCCUCUCUUUAACUAUUCCUUGUCGUUUUCUGUUCUCCUCUCCCCGCUGACUGUAUUCGUAUUCACUACACCGCUUUGGGCGUCUUUGGCCCGCUGCUCACUUGCCUCUCGACCUGUAGGUCAACAGGUUUCUGCGUCUUUGUAGUGCCUUCUCGUUCGCACAACGACAGUAUCAUCAGGACUUUCAUCCAGCUCGAUCUCAUAGGUAUCAUCUUCGCCUGAAUAAUCAUCUAUCUCUUCUACUUAGAUACUUUCCACACUUUCCUGGGACUCGCCUUAUUCCUAGUUGUCGUCACAGUUCUCUCGCAGCAGUAGAUUAAGAGAAGGAGAGAAAACAGCUCUAUUGGACGGCCUUUUUUAACUCUUAUCCUCUCCGCGCGUCCAUCAUCCGUAUUCAUCUAUCUAUACAACGGCAAUUACCAAAAGAAGAACAAAUUUUUCAUCUGGAAAGAAGAAGUCUGGACAAAUCGAUCAAGCCCUGAACAGGCUUUUUUACUUUUUUUUGCGGUCAUUUUCCUUCUUAACUGGUAGCAACCCUUAAGAAACACUCCUCCCCUCCGGUUUAAAGCCAUGUCGUCUGCCGUAGCGGAGUUAGAUGGCUAUUUACAGUCUAUGUUGGCACUUAAGCCACCUGGAGUAUCAGCUUCCAAAAUCAGCAUCAUCACUUCUCUAUGUGCCGCCAAUGUACAGUCCGAAUCCGUCCUCGUUCAAAAAAUAUAUACCCACUUCAAAAGAGCCCCCGGAACACACAAGCUGGGCGUACUCUAUGUCGUAGACUCUGUAACUCGACAGUGGGUAGAAUCAGCACGGAGAGCUGGCCAAACUGUCGGUAGCGGUGCACCAGAUGGAACAUUUGCAGCUGGUGUUAACAGAGUGACUGAAUUGCUUCCCGUCCUGAUGACUGAUAUCAUAAACAAUGCUCCUGAAUAUCAAAAGGACAAAAUCAAGAAGCUAGUGGAUAUUUGGGAGCGUGGAUACACGUUUCCAGCGCCUCUGCUUGCUUCCUUCAAGGAGAAGCUAAACGCGCCAGUAUCUCAAAACGUGGAAUCAACUACGCCCGAUGGAUCACCGGCCCCCAAUUUCAUAUCCCUAGGCGGAGCUCAGCAUGCAGCCCCAUCAUCAUCAUCUGUCGUUGCCGGUGCCAGUACCGUUGCAGGCCCCGGCCAAACAACGCCAGCACCAGAUACUUCUAGCAUCUUGAAAGCAUUGGCAGAUAUGGCAAAAAACAGCACGGCAGCCACAGCAGCCUCAGGCGCGCCAGCGCAAACUAGUCCCCAUAGUAUAUUUAAUGCGCAAAAUCCAGUUCCGCAACCAAUCCCCGCGUCCGUAGACCCGGCUGCGCAACAGUCCAAUGGGCAGACUGUAAACCCCUAUGCUGCUGCCGCUGCUGCGGGAAAUCUUGCAAAUCAGUUUGCGGGGUUGAGUAAUAUGGCUCAGAAUCCAAAUAUGUUUGCAAACCAGGCACAAGCUUCAGCUGCUGCUGCGAAUCCUCUAGCAGCAGCGGCGGCGGCAGCACCACAGAACCCACUUGCUGCCCUGAUGCCGCAGGCGGGUGCUCUGCCUCCAGAGACAUUGCAGCAGUUAAGUUUGCUCCAGCUCAUGGCUGCGCAGGGUAUUCCGCAAGAACAGUGGGCCACGGCGCUGCAAAUCCUAAGUCUUUCCAACACUGCAAAUACCGGCAUGGCCAAUAUGAACCCCGCCGCAGCCUUAGCAGCCUUCGGCCAGCAGCCGCCUGCCGCUAGUCAGAAUACCUGGGGUGUUCCUGCGCCAGACACAGCAUCACGUGACCGAGAUCGCGACCACCGGGGCAGCAGAGAGCAUGAACGAGAGGAUUAUGUUCGGUCGCCACCAGGAGGUUACCGACGCCGCUCCAGAUCACCUGGAUGGGAUAGACGCCGCGAAGCCUCCCCGCCUCGUCGUCGCGAUAGCCCUGUGUAUGGAGAAUAUCAUGGUGACUCCCCGAGCCGGAACCGAGACACUCGAGACGCCCGUGGACGACGGCCCCCUGAAUAUCGCCAGCGCAGUCCACCCGGAAGGCGACGUAGAAGCCCGACGCCGCCUCGUAAGGAGCCUGCGCUUCCUCCUCCCGGACCGAAGUUUUUGGAACGAGAUUAUUCAAUUGGCCAGGGCAAUAUCAAAGUUCUCAGCAGAACUCUGUUCGUCGGAGGUGUAACGUCGUCUGAAGCUCAUUUAAGGUCGCUCUUCGGCCGCUACGGUGUGGUCCAAACAUGUAUAGUGAAUAUUGACAAACGUCAUGCUUUCGUGAAGAUGAUCAAUAGACACGAUGCCGUUACUGCUCGCGAGGGCAUGGAGCAAUAUAAGUCUGGAGACAUGCAAUUACGAACACGAUGGGGUGUCGGUUUCGGUCCUCGAGACUGCAGCGACUACCAAACCGGCAUCAGCGUCAUCCCCAUCGAACGACUCACGGACGCAGACCGCAAAUGGAUGCUUAACGCCGAAUACGGCGGAACGGGUGGAAAGCCCAUCGAAAGUUUUAUGGUGGUGGAGGAACCCGAUAUUGAGAUCGGGGCUGGCGUGUCUUCGAAAGCAAUAAGCCGACGCAUGGCCACCGACCAAGGUGGGAAACGCGGCCCCCAAUCGACCCGAACUAACAUGGAACCAGAACGCUUCCGCCGCCCGAACCGCGGUCCGAUGGACGAUGGCCACGGUCCCGGCCCCGGACACAGCCCCGCUCACGGCCACGGCCACGGCCACGGACACGGACAAAUGUCAUCCUCAGGAGUAUCCGGGGGCAAUGGCGGCGAACAACGCAACGGUAGCGGCCACGGCCACGGCGAUCGAAACGACCACGACGGCUCCGCGAGCGCCAACAACGCAAACGCAAUUGGUGUCCCCCCUGCUGUGCCGGGCUUUGGGUUUACGCUUCCGGGUAUGCACAUGUUCCCUGGUUUUAUGAUGGGCGGUGCUGGUGUGGCUACAGGCGCUCAGGGACAGCAGGGACAAACUACCGAGUCGUCAUCUACGCCAUCGGGCCAGGGUCAGGGGCAGGGAUAGAAGUUGCGUGUGCUGGGGGAUGUAAGUUUUUGAAAAAAAAGAGUGGGAAAAAAAAAGGGAAAUGGAAUGGCUUGGUGUGGUGUUCGCGGCUUUUUUUUUGCAUUUCGUUUAUUCAUUCUACUCUUAUCUCCGUGUUUGGCUGAUUUUAUUUUACCUCGUUUCAUUCCAUCACCCUCACACCCCCGGUCUACCCUACUCACCUCUCACAUCACACCAUGCGACGCGGCCAGGGGUGCUUUAAAAUCAUGUUUCAUGCUCAUUUCUCCCAACUCCCAUGGCAGGGACCACGGUACUACAGGACGUUGCUGUAUAUUUUUCUUUGUUCCCUUCUCUCCUCUUUCUCCCUCCCCUGCUUUCUUCUGAAGACACCAAUAUGAUGAUUUCUACCCCCCCCUUCCUCCUACAUUACGCUAUUUUUAAUAAGCCGCCUUUUCCUUCUCCUUCUUAUCUCUCAUAGUUUCGCCGGGUUUUCUCCCCGUCUCUCUGCCUUCUUCUUUUCUUUUAACCAAUUUCCUUCUUCCUUCUUCCUUUUUCCAUUUUCUUCCUCGUUCAGUCAAUCGAUGUAUGAGUUGAGAUUUUCCUUUCGUUGCACACUCCGAUUCGGUUUUCAAGGUUAACGACAGUUUUUUCUACUUUUUCUUAUUACUUUAACUUUUUUUCCCCAUCUACCCUCAUUCGCAUCGAAUGAAGUGAAGCCAAGAAGAGAAUUCAGCCGAGUUUAUAUAAAAUUAACUCUAAUCCAUCCGAUACAUAUUUUCUCUUUCCUCUUUUUUAAUUUUCAUUUAUUCCUUUUUGCAGUCCUUUUUUCGUUUCCAUUCGCUUUUCGCUCUCCCAAUCUAUGUUCUAUAUACCCCUACCAUCAGUGAUCACAAACGCAGCCAACAAACUCACCACGUCAACCCCUCGACACAUUAAUACAUAACGUAUGUGUCACUUGUUCAAUGUGAGGAUGUGAGGGUCUAGCAAGAGAAUAGACAGGCUACAGGCCAAAUUUACAACGCUUCAAAAAAAAAAAAAAAAAAAGCUGCAGAAGCAGAAGCAGAGUGGGCUAAGCAACGAGAGAUCAAGAUCAAGAAGAAAAGAGAGCAGGAGAGCCAGGAGGGGAAAAGAGAGGGGAAAAGAAGAGACAGAAGAGAGAAUAGAAUUGACAAUGCGAGAAAGAAGGCAGUGGCUGGUGAAGGAGGCAAGGCAGGAAGAAUUUCUAGAGAAAGAUGCAUCAUGCUUGAGGAAGAAAAUACAUAUACUGAUGAACUUAUCACUCACUGUCACUAGAGCAAGAUGGCUUAGCUAAUAUU